UACCUAAUACAUCUAAAGAAACGCUUUUGUUAUCAUCUCUUUGAAGAUGUAUGAAAACCAUCUAGUACUACCUAAUAAUCGUCAUGAGGGCGUCAUUGGCUUCUGUCAAAGUAUAAAAAUGGCAUCCAUAAACUGUCAAUGAGGUGACGUUUAUAGCCUUGAGAGAUUACGAAUCACAUCAUCACGUCAUUGUAUGUUGACAUAAGCCGAUGACGCGCUAUGACGUAAAUUCUACAUUGUUUUUCGUAGCCUCUUAUUACCUCUGAUCACAUUGAGUAUCGCAGUCAGUUUGGAAGCAGCUUGUCGACUAGUCGUGUAGUUCAGAGUGAUUUUAUAUUUUAUUAAAAUUUGAAUUCAAUUUUCAUAUUAUUGACAUCACAAUAAUCAAGACGCAAGCCUUUAAUUUUAAAUCAGUUCAAACGUUUCGAUCAAUAUGCUAUCAAAAAAGAAUUUCGUCGGAUCAUUUUACCGAUUAAAAAAUAAUGAUUUUAUCACCAAUGAAAAUGGAUGCUAUCUUUGUGGGUGUAACUUAUCGGAUACUAACGCGUACCAAUCUCACAUGAAACACCAUUUGGACAGUGUAAGAGUUGGGGAAUCCAAUGCUAUUUGGAAAUCGUUUGGCAAUGUGGAACUCAUCGGAUUAACUUUGGCGGCCAAUCAGGAAGAUUCGAUUUUGAAUUUGGCUAACAACAGCGACGAUGUGGUAAAAAUCACUCAAAUUGCUAUUUUCAACGAAGCCUUGAUACACGCUUUGAUUGACCCUGAUCUUUUCCCGGUUUCGCUCGGAGUUGAUGACGAAGUUUCGUUUAAACGCCAGUUGAGUACGUUCUGUGACAAGAAUCAUGUCGCCAUUGUCUUUGAGAUGACUUCAAAUAAAGUGAACUACGAAGUGGUUCAGAGCUACAACUGUGUUGAGAGCGACGAAGAGCCACCAGCAGAAGUAAGGCGAUCACCCAUCCAGCCAGAAGAUCGAAUUAAGAUUUCACCGAUGUUAUUUAAGGAACUGACUACAUCUUGCAGUCCUCCCGAAAGUCAAGGGUACAUUAAGCUCGGUAAAUUGCCCGACUAUUUGCCGACGGUAGAGAUCAAAUCUCUGUAUCAAGUCGAUUUUUUCCCGAAUCGAGCUUUAACCGAAAAUGAAGAGAAGAUUCGAAAAUCAAUUGUUCGAUUCGAAGGACCAUUGACGCCAUCAAACUAUUACGAUAUGCUGACCAUAAUGGUGCAAAUCGAAGACAUUGGCGCCUGUGUAUCAAGGCAGGGAACGACAAAAAGGGGUCGCAGCUUGGUGAAAGUAGACAAUGGUUACCAGUUAAAGUUGAGUAAAAGGGAAGGACGUCCACUGUUUCUCGUAGCCGGUGAUACAAUCUGUAUCAGAGGACCAGCUCCGAAGGACCGCAAUUAUGGUUAUGUCCAAUAUGUGUCCUCGACCGAAAUCAAAAUGACAUUGUCGAAGGCCAUCGUUGAGAAGAAGCCGCUUUAUUCGAUUCACUUUUAUCCGAAUCGACUUGCAUUUAAGCUACAGAGAUUGGGAUUGGAUGCGGCGAAGAAGCUUGACAUUAUCGACUUGCUGUUUCCUGAAUCGAAUAAGAUUGACCUGUCGAACCAGCCUAAAAUACUUCCAUUGGAUAUUCACCAUAAGGGACUGAAAGAAGACAGAAAUCAAGUUAGAGCCGUGAAUCAUAUCGUAGCUGGAACAGCUUAUCCGUUGCCGUAUGUCUUGAUUGGCUUUCCAGGUACCGGCAAAACGGCUAUAAUCGUCGAAAGUAUCUACCAACUAUGGAGAAUGAAGACUACAACCCGAAUUCUGGUUUGCGCUCAAUCGAAUUCCGUGUGUGAUGAAAUAACCGAGAGACUCAUCGCAUUAUUACCCAAAAAAUCGGUCCAAAACCAGCACAACAUUAUCAGAUUAUUCGCUGGAUCCGCCGCUCAAAAUUCCUUCAACAGUGAUGAUCUUCUGGAAAAUUCAAAUUCCGACGACAAUCGCAUUCCAUGCUUGACCGAGCUGUACAAAUAUCGCAUCAUCGUUACAACAUUAAAUCAUUCCGGUCGACUUCUUCAAGCCGGCAUGAAAUCGGAUCAUUUCACUCAUCUGUUCAUCGACGAGUGUGAAAAUGCUACCGAACCUUCAACUUUGCUUCCGAUAGCACUGUGUAGCUCCAAGAAGAAAAUCAAUGCGCACAUUGUACUCAGUGGAGAUCCAUAUCAAUUGGGGCCGGUAGUCCGAGAAAAUAUGGCAGAACAGAUGACUUUGGGCGUUUCCAUGCUCAAAAGACUGAGCGAACAUCCACUGUACCAGAAGCGAAUCGAAUCAAAUUCGUAUGAUCAACGGAUCACAUGUAGAUUGCAAAAAAAUUAUCGCUCUCAUCCGGAUUUGGUAAAAAUGGCGAGCGAACUGUUCUACGGUAGCGAAAUGAAAGAUUCCAUACCCAGAAUCGGUUCAGCUUAUGAGCGAAUUCGCUCGUUAACGAACCUGGAUAUUCUACCGAAAAAGGGAUUUCCGAUAUUGUUCGAGCAUGUUGAUGGAACUCCAGAACGAAAAGAAAAUUGUACAAGUUGGUACAACGAGAUUGAUGCCUUGAGCGUUCUCCAUUACGUGGAAACAUUGCUCAGAAACGAGCCACAAGAAAUUAAGGAAUCGGACAUCGGGAUUGUUGCUGCGUACAAACGACAGGUCGUUCAUAUUAAGGACUUGCUGGAAGAGGAUAACUACAGCGGAAUCGAAGUGGGAACGGUCGAACAAUUCCAGGGUCGAGAGAAACCAAUUAUCAUACUUUCCACUGUUCGUAACGGAGAUUUGGGAUUCUUAGAACAACGGGAGAGAAUCAACGUAAUGCUGACCAGAGCGACAGGACUACUGAUCAUCAUUGGGCACACGAAAACGUUGCGCAAGUGCGACGACUGGAGAAAGAUUAUUGAUCAUACAUCUGAUGAAUGUGGUGGUGAAAUUGUUGCUGAGUACAUUGAGGAUGUUGGAGACUAUCGAUGUUAGUGCAAGUAAUUUUAAGAGUUUUUCGUCCACAUCUGUUUUUAAAACUUUUGUUUGCUAUAAGUAUAACAAAUUACACGACAAAUAAAAUGUGUUUUUGGAUAUGUA